CCGGAUCUGCUGUUCAGGAGAAUUAUUCUUUCCAUCCUCACAUCCGUUGACUUCCACCACCACAUUUAGACCACACAGCCAACAAUACAUUUUCUACCACCACCAUAAUUCUUAAUACACUUCAAUUCUACACAUCUCAACUUAAUACAAUCAAUUGAUCAGAAUGUACUUCCACACCACAACACUGGGCACUGCCCUCGCGGCCCUCCUGACCCUCACCACCGCCCUCCCAACCACCUCAUAUUCCUCCCUCACCACCCGCGACGACGGCCAAUGCCCCACCGGAAAAGCCUACUACGUCUGCUACAAGAACAAGUUCCGCGGUUGCUGCUCCAUCGACCCCUGUGACCUGGAUACCGGCUGUCCCGACGACAAGCCCACCGACCCCACGCCCCCAACUUGCACGCCGGGCCAAAUCUACCAGCCCAAGAUGCAAACCUACAUUUCGUCCUCUGGCGACCCCAUCUCCACCCCAAACCUUAAUGUCUCCAAUACCGCCACCGCAAAAUGGGACCAGACGAUGACGUUCUCCCUGCCCAAGGGCGCCAAGUCCUGCUCCCUGAACUGGGGCGUGCCCGCCGAGCGCAACUUCAAGGCCGGCAAUAACGCGCUGGUGCGAGUGUGGAAGGGGGAUAACUUCGAGGGCGACAGUGUUGGGGCCGCGGACUUUACAAACUGGCCGGGUGUGGAUGGCCCGCAUACGCAUACUGUCGGCAGUGUGGAUUGUGCCGAAGAGUUGGUUUUCCGGGCCAAGUUGGUCAAGGAGAGUGAGGUUUUCUUGGAGCAGAAUGCGGAGACUGGGUGGUAUGUUGACUACAAGUGUUAGAUUGGGGGUGGGUUUGACGUGAGAUGAUUUGCAAUUUUUUUUGGUUUCUUUCUUUUUCAUUUUCUCUUUAUGUUUGUCUGCUGUUUGCCUUUGGCGUUUGAGAUGAGGUUUCUUUUCUUUUCCUUUCUUUUCUUUAGAUAGUCUUACGGUUGUACAUGUUUCGUUUGCAUAGAAAUAAUGUCUAGGAUAGUGAUGACCAACAUAAUAAGAUAUGGUAUUAGCUUAGAA